GUCAUUUGUCAAUGUAAUGUUACUUGUUACUUUUCUACUUUUAAAAACCAACCAAAAGAAGACUUCCUAAACAUGUCGAAAGUGAGUAAUAAUAGGAAAAGAAAACAUCAGUCUAAAGAAGGAGAGGAGCCCGAAGUCAAUCGCCCCAAAGCAAAAUUUCGGUCGCGCGAUGAGCAGGCAGAAGAAGAGCAAUUGUCCCAAAUUCUAUUUGGAGGGGCCACGAGUUUUCUGCAGUGUCUAGAGGAGGCCGAACAAGAGCCAGGGCCUUCUCGAUCGAACGCAGAUUCAGGUGUUGGCGAAACUGACACCGAUGACGAAGAAAAAGAACGAAAACCUGCAUGGACUGAUGAAGAUGAUGAUGGUAUAGACGUGGGGCAGGCACUAGACAGCCAAAGGCGCAAGUUACCUUCAGGAGGCAUUAACGACAGAAGUAACAAAUAUUCCAACUUACUUAAACAUAAGUUCCAAUCUGCUGUUGGUACUCCAAAGUGGGCGUCUUUGAAUAAGCGUAAACGAACAGAAUCAGACUCUGACGAAGAAAUCUUAAGGAGUUGUGGUUUUAUUAAAACUACUAAAGCUCAGUUACCUACUAGUAUACUAGAAUUUAAGAAAGUUAAAGAUUUGAACUGUGAGACGUACUCAGAAGGGCCUUACAUCAACUCGAUAGAAUUCCAUCCAACAUCCAGUGUAGCUUUAGUAGCAGGUAACGGAGGAAUAGCUACUUUAUAUGCAGUAGAUGGCAAAAGAAACAACAAACUACAUAGUGUGAAAUUCCAAAAUUAUCCGAUAGUUUGCGCAAAAUUUUUGCAGAACGGAAACGAAGCCAUUUUAGGAUCUAGGCAGUCACAUAUAUUCAGUUAUGACUUGUUAGCAACAAAACCUACAAGAUACACACUACCACAGGGCUUGACGCAGUGUAAGAACUUUGUGGUUUCGCCAGAUUCACAGUUUAUUGCUAUAGCUGGAAAAUGGGGAGAGGUGCAUCUGUUAUCGGCCACUUCCAAAGAAAAAGUAGCUUUAUUGAAGCAAGAAACUGAGGUCACUGCUUUAACAUACAAUCCAUCAGGAAAUCUCUUAUUUGGUCAUAGCAACACAGACGAAAUAACAGUAUGGGACAUGAAAAUGAAUAGAGUCAAGCACAAAUUCUCAGACGAGGGAUGUAUACAAGGUACCACACUAUCCGUUGCACCUUCCAACCAGUUUCUAGCAACAGGAUCAGCACAAGGAGUAGUAAAUAUAUACAAUACCAGUGAUAUAUUUAAAUCAAAUACACCAAAACCAAGAAAAACCAUUUUGAAUCUUACCACAGCUAUCAAAGACUUGAAAUUCAAUCCAUCGUCUGAGAUACUAGGCUUCUGUUCAGCUGAAAUACAGAAUUCAGUCAAGUUAUUCCACAUUGGUUCUGAAAACGUCUUCAGUAAUUUUCCAAAUUUCAGUACCAAAAUGGGCCAUACUAACGCCUUGAAUUUUUCACCUGGAAGUGGAUAUUGUGCUUUUGGAAACAGGAAAUCUAUAGUUUCUUUGUACAGGUUAAAACAUUAUAAAAAUUAUUAGAGUUUAUAAUAUAUUUAUAUUUUAAUGGAAGUGUUUAGACAGUGGAAGACAAGUGUUCUCUGAGUAUUAUUUGAUCAACCAAAGACAGAUCAUAUUUAUUAUGUACAGUUCUUAUAGAACUUUUUUCAAUGCUUUUAUUUUUUCCCUAUUACUGUCUGUACUGUCUUCUUUUUUCUCUUAAAUAAAGUCAUUUAUAAUAUA